GUUAGGUCGAUUGUUGUGGGUCGCGGUAGGUGGUGCGAGUUGGUUAGAGUGGAGGGAAUUGCGUGGGUGCAGCAGUGAGUACAUAUUGUGACUAAAUGAAUUGGGAGUUCAGAUAAUUUUAGUUUAGCUGUAGAAUGAUCUAAUUAGGUUUUAAUUCGACCGUAUAUAUUCGUUAUUCGGGUAACUUAUAGCCGGUCUCUGUAAUUGUUCGUGGCUCGUUUCCCUUAUGUGAUAUAUAAUAUAUAAGCGACACAAGGAAUUGAUUCCGGUAGAUCCACGAAAAAGUGUACAAGUUUUAACUCAAAAGCAGAUGAAGCUGACUUAUCCAGUUGUGAGAAGGGAUGAAGAUGUGGUGGACGAUUAUCACGGACAGAAAGUACGUGACCCGUACAGAUGGUUAGAGGACCCUGACUCCUCAGAAACAGCAAAAUUUGUCAAUGAACAGAAUGCCUUGACAAGACCCAUUCUUGAGAACUGUUACGUUCGUUCCGAUAUUCUGGCACGACUAACUGAACUGUGGAAUUUUCCAAAAUAUUCUUGUCCAUAUAAACAUGGUGAUAAAUAUUUGUUUUAUAUGAACACAGGACUUCAGAAUCAAAGUGUCCUGUACAUCCAAGAUUCAUUAGAUUCUGAACCCAGAGUCUUCCUUGAUCCAAAUCUUCUAUCAGAUGACGGAACUGUGGCAUUGUCAGGGACACGUUUUUCUGAAGAUGGAAAAAUUCUAGCCUAUGGAUUGAGCAGAAGUGGUUCAGACUGGAUAACAAUACAUUUCAAGUCAGUAGAAACAGGUGAAGAUUAUCCAGAAGUUUUAGAAAAGGUGAAGUUUUCAUCAAUGACUUGGACGCACGACAACAAAGGAUUAUUUUAUGGAAAAUACCCUGACCAAGUUGGCAAGACUGAUGGCUCAGAAACGGUCAGUAAUCAACACCAGAAACUCUACUACCAUCGCAUUGGCACACCACAGUCAGAAGAUGUGUUGGUUGUUGAAUUUCCAGAGGAGCCAUUGUGGAGAAUAGGUGCUGAGGUCAGUGAUUGUGGUCAGUGGCUGAUCAUAACACCACAGAAGGACUGCCGUGAUAAUUUGGUCUUCUUUUGUGACCUGAAAAGCUUGCCAGACAAUAAAAUAUCGGGGAAAGUCAGUCUUACACAGGUUGUUCACAAGAUGGACGCCGACUAUGAGUAUGUGACAAAUGAAGGCCCUGUAUGUAUUUUUCGCACAAAUAAAGAUGCACCAAACUAUCGUCUGAUCAAAAUUGACUUGACUAAUCCUAGUGAAGAAAACUGGGCCACGUUGAUUCCUGAACAUGAGAAGGAUGUGUUGGAUUGGGCUAGUGCAGUGAAGAAUGAUAAGCUGGUAGUGUGCUACAUUCAUGAUGUGAAGAGUGUUCUGCAACUUCGUGAACUCGGUACUGGUGCCCUGCUCAAGACAUUCCCUCUGCCUGCCGGUACAGUCACUGGCUACUCAGGCAAGAAGAAACACACGGAAAUAUUCUAUCAGUUCACAUCAUUCCUCAACCCUGGUAUUAUAUACCGCUGUGACCUCGAAAAGAACGAACUUGAGCCAGAGGUGUUCAGAGAAAUCAAACUUCAUGAUUUUGAUGCAUCCCAGUAUGAAACUAAACAGGUUUUCUAUGAGAGUAGUGAUGGCACAAAAGUUCCAAUGUUUAUAGUCCACAGGAGUGGUCUUGUGAGAGAUGGUAAACGACCCUGCCUGUUGUAUGGUUAUGGGGGUUUCAAUGUCAGCAUUCUGCCUACCUUUAGUGUUACUCGUCUUGUCUUUGUUCAGCAUUUUGGAGGAAUUCUUGCCAUACCAAACAUUCGAGGAGGCGGGGAGUAUGGUGAAGGGUGGCAUAAUGCUGGCCGACUGCUGAAGAAGCAGAAUGUAUUCGAUGACUUCCAGGCAGCGGCAGAGUACUUAAUCAAGGAAGGCUAUACGUGUCGUGAGAAGCUUACCAUCCAGGGUGGUUCAAAUGGAGGGCUGUUAGUUGCAGCUUGCAUCAACCAAAGACCAGAUCUUUUUGGAGCAGCUAUUAUUCAAGUUGGUGUUUUAGACAUGCUGAGAUUUCACAAAUUUACGAUAGGUUACUCCUGGGUUUCGGAUUAUGGCAGCUCUGAUGAGAAGGAGCAUUAUGAGAACCUAAUCAAGUAUUCGCCGCUCCACAACGUGAAAGUGCCUGUUGGUAAUGGUAAUCAGUAUCCUGCCACUUUGCUGCUGACGGCUGAUCAUGAUGAUCGUGUGGUUCCCCUUCAUUCACUGAAGUUCAUCGCUACUCUGCAACAUGUCCUGAGAGAUUGUCCUGGUCAGACAAAUCCUCUUUUAGUUCGCGUUGAAACCAAAGCUGGCCACGGUGGUGGUAAGCCAACAUCAAAAUUGAUUGAAGAAAACACGGAUAUUAUGAGCUUCCUGGUGGAAACUUUGGGUUAUAAAUUUCAGAAAUGACUGUUCAGUAUGUGUAAUAAGGAAUUUAUAAUUAUGUAUUUCAUAUUCAAGUACAAGCUUUAACUAUUGUUUACUUUCAUGUUUUAAAUUUUUCUGUAAAAACAGUGCUGGUGAUAAUGGGGGAAGAGUCAUGGUCCAUAUUUGAAGUGUACUGGUUACUCCUGGCUACAGAUCCAGAGGUCCUGGUUUCAAUUCCCAGCACUACCAGAUUUUCUGAGAAGUGUUGGGUC